AUGUCCAACGGGCAGACAACAUCAAUCGAACAGGACCAGAUUCAAUACUGGCCUGAAUCGUUCUCCAUCCACCAGAAUCAGCAGAAGUUUCCUUCUUCGCCUCUUCCAAAUGAGAAUACCCUCGCCCACCCUGUGCCAAGGUCGUUGUACUUGGCCAAUAGCAACUUUUCUUCCUUCGAAGAGUCGGCCUAUCCAAAGCGCGAGGGCUCUUCCCCUUUGACGCCUUUGACGGGCUCAAGUCACAGCGCAGAGGAUCUGAGCUUCUUGCACGCACAAAGCUCCCCCAAUAGCUCCGUAACGACGUUUGAUGAGCCUUGCUUUACACCAAUGUCAAGCACAUUCGGCACCAUGAAUCCUGCCUCGUGGUCUUCAUCAUCGUUAUCCUCAGCUUCGUCGACCUCUUCCUCUUCUUCGGCGCAGCACUACCAUCAACAGACAGAUGCAGCAACAAUGGGAACCUGGCCCAAUGUCCCUUACUACCUACCACCAUCCAAUCAGUGCUUGCUUCCAACUAUCGACACAACGUGGGAAGUGGCCCAGCCUACAAACGAGGAAAUGAUGAUGUUCAACGGACUUCCGUGGCUGGAUUUCAACACGGACGAGGCUCCCGCGUUCUUUACCAGUCCAGUACCUGAGAUUACCGAGCAUAAAGCGUCCACCUACCCUUCAUUCACUCACCAGCACCAGAACAUUCAACCUCAAUCACUUCAGCCCCAACUCCAAUCUCAGUUCUACACCACGACCCCAGCUACUACCAUCCCAGUUGCACCCCGAGCAGCCGCACCAACUCCUUCUAACACCCGCAAUGCGUUCUUAAUAGACUGCAAGCGGCAUGGAUUGUCCUACAAGGACAUCAAGCGACUUGGUGGUUUCAAAGAGGCAGAGUCAACCCUGCGGGGACGUUUCCGUACUUUGACGAAAACGAAGGAACAACGUGUCCGUAAACCGCAGUGGGAGGAGAGAGAUGUCCGCUUGCUUUGCGAAGCCGUCCACGUCCUCUCUUCUGAAAGGGAGCGUCACACAUACCGGCGGAGUUUCAAGCAGAACUCUCUCUGUCGAGGACAAGGGUGUGGCUGUACUGCUCGCUGCCAUACUACAGGUGAAAGCACAGACAGUGGAGUGCCGAAGGUGUCGUGGAAGAAAGUGGCAGGGUACAUCUGGCUGCAUGGUGGCUCGUAUCAUUUUGGCAAUGCCACAUGCAAGAAGAAGUGGGCAGAACUCCACAAAAUUAACUUGAAAUGA